UCUAUUGGUGGGUCGACAGGCAUCGGGGCCAAGAUGCCGUUAACGAGAGAAACAGUGGAGGAUCGGCGUCGACGGUCUGACAUUAGUGUGGCAUCCCCCUAGUCCUUCCCCGGUAUUCGAUUAUAUUUGGAACCGUUCUCUUCCGCCCCGUGGGCACUACCAACCAACGGGGCUCCAUCCCAGACUACGCCCCUUUUCCCACGUUUCCCCUUUGUUCCUUUGUUCUCGGACUCGCUUGCCAUGCCACACGUUUGCCAAGCAUUCACGGCCGUUGUCUUGGCCUCAAUGCUUCUUCUUUCACAUGUCGUACAUGGCGUUCCAAGAUUCUCAGGUGCGGCGCCUCAUUUCAGGGAUUACUUCUAUAUUGGUGGGCAGUAUGUUCAGUCCAAUAGUAGUAGUGGUGGUGGGAGCUAUUUCCAUAACCAAAUGUAUGUGGAGAAGUUGUCCCCUGUCCGUGAGCGUGUGCAACCGUAUCCGAUUGUUUUUGUUCACGGCGGUGGUCAGACCGGGACGAAUCUCCUCAAUAAACCUGACGGUAAUCCAGGAUGGGCAUCUUGGUUCCUUAACCACGGCUAUGUCGUGUAUCUCCUCGACCGAACGUUCACCGGUCGAUCCCCGAUAUUGCCAGACGAUGACCUGAGUCAGACUGCCUUCUCGGCGGAGUUCAUCUCACAAAGAUUCACCGCCGUGCAGAAGUAUCCCGUAUGGCCCCAAGCCAAACUUCAUACCCAAUGGCCGGGUACGGGCGAAAUGGGUGACCCAUUCUUCGACGCAUACUACAUGAGUACCAUCCAAUCCAUCUCCGACAGUCGAGCCCAAGAAAAAACCAUGAAAGCCGCCGGUGAGAGGCUUCUCGAUCGCAUUGGCCCGGCAAUAGUCAUCACGCAUUCCCAAGGCGGCCUGUAUGGGUGGUCAUGGGCAGACAGUCGUCCGGACCUGGUCAAGGCGCUAAUCCAAAUCGAGCCAAAGGGCCCUCCAUUCCGAGAGGUCAUAUUUUCAAGCGAAUACAGUCGUCCUUGGGGGCUUACGUCUAUUCCCUUAACUUAUGACCCAUCACCCACCAAUGUCUCAUCGCCCCUAGCUAUGAAGACUGUACCAACACAUUCUUCUGACUUGCUUCCAUGCAUCAUCCAGCACGAACCUGCCAGAAAACUGCCUAAAUUAGCACAGGUUCCGAUUUUGAUCAGUACUGGAGAGGCUUCAUACCAUGCUCAGUAUGACUAUUGUUUUAUCAAGUUCCUGCACCAGGCGGGGGUUCCCGCGGAGCAUUUAGAGUUAGGUCGUGCUGGGUUGCAUGGAAAUGGGCAUUUGCAGUUCAUGGAAAGGAAUAGUGACGAUAUAGCUCAAGCCCUGCAUGAGUGGAUGGUGAUAAAAGUGAACAGCACGCUUUGAGAUCGUAAACAUGUAAGCUGGCUUUAUUGGAUAUCAUAAGACAUUGGCAGUGACUCGGAUGGGCCGGUCGUCUAACUGAUGAGUCACGAGAUGGGCUAAGCAAACAAACAGCUGUCUAGGAACACUGAUUGCUUGGAAUCCAUAUUGAUAACAUGUUGUAAUACUUUUCAUGGACUGAGCAGUCUAUGUCUUCCAGGUUUAGGUUAUAAGAUUAUAGGAGGUUGUCUUGGUAAUCCACAGAGUGAUUGCGUUUUCUAAA